CACUCCCGAGUCCCUGCUUCCUCCAAGCCCCCUCUGACGUGUCUGCCCCUCAGCAUGACCCCGUACCUGAACACGUACCUACUGACCUGCCCCUCGCCUUUACUUCCUCUUCCUCCCCGCCCUUUCUCUGGCUGGGUGACUGCUGGUUGCCAGGCAACGCCUUGAAGUAAGGAGUCCCGGUCGGCGCACAGUCCUGGGGCAGAGUUCCACGUUUACAUUGGUGUCGUCGCUGAGAGAGUCGCCGGCCGGAGGUUUGAGCAGCCGAACUUCAUAUUAUGGGAUUGGGGAGUGGUCGCAGAGCAAUGAAGUCUCCUCCGCUUCUGAUCGCUGUGCUCCUAGCGUGCGUGUUUGUCCUGGGAAUAAACUACUGGAUUACAAGCACCCGAUGUGUGGAAUUACAGAGCCGAGUGAUGGAGUUGGAGAACCGGAUUCGCCGGGCAGCAGCAGAGAGAGGGGCAGUUGAGAUGAAAAAGAACGCAUUUGAAGACAUGCUGUCGAAGCAGAAAAAGCAAAUUGACACUAUCCAGUCCUUGCACAGCUCCCAGAUGCUGAAUAUGCAGCAGAUAUGUAAAAGUGAGACGGAGAAUUUGCUGAACAAUGCAACUCUUAAAGACAGCCUUCUAAAGAAACUUCAAGAUGAAAUAGCUAAUGUUCAGAAACAAUUAGAAGACUCCAAGCUGGAAUUUAAGGAACUUAAAGAAAGCCAAGCCAAGAAGCUUUCCUUUGAGUUGGCCCAGUGCAGCAAUAAGAUAGCAGAGGUGAAUGAGCAGUGCGAGGAGAAGAUCCGCAUGUUGAAAGCAACAGAUGCAAACACUGAGGAUGAGGAAAAAGAUAAAAGCAAGCCUGAGAAGAUAAAGCCUGUGACAUCAAAUCAAGAUAUUAACCAGAAAGCCCUUGAUAUAAAAGAAGAGCAGAAAGUUGUAUCAAGUGCUGUGAAGCCACCAGUGGACUCCAAUAAGGAGGGUGCUCCUCCACUAGAAAAUCCAGAACAAAUGAAGAAAUUGAAUGUUGUCUUGGACAAAAAGAAUCCUAGUCCUUCACCUCCACAGCCCAAAAUACAAAAGGAUGAACAAGAGGAGGAGCUUCAGAAUGAAGUUAACCCUAACCUUGCAAAUGCAGAUGAGGAUGAUGGGGAGCCCAAAGUAGAGGAUGUAGAAGAGCCUAAUAAAGAACCUGAAAACGAGGACGUUGAGAGAGAGAACCUAAUAAACAUGGAAGAUGACAAAGUCGCCAAGGAAAUCCAACAAGGCGAAGAAAAACCAAACGAUUACAAUGGAGACGAAGCAAACGAAGCUGAAUCUGAAACCGAAAAACAAGUGGAACUGAAGGCUAACGAUCAAGAGGUAGAGUCUAAGAGGAAUUAAAAAUGGAAAUGCAUUGAAUGAACUUGCAUUCAACCAACAGGCAGAGGAAGAUGAUGAUCCAAGACUAAAAUUGUGUACUGGCCCCAUGUCUUAAACUACCUACCACAGUGUCCUCAACAUGAGAUGCCUUAAGAUGAACUAGAAUGCAGAAGACUUUAAGAACUGAAGUUUAGCAGACAGAAACAAACUUGAAGACUGUUUGUUUUUCCAUUUUCUCAAUUUAAGUAGUUUUUUUAAUCUGAGUCCAUCACACUGCCCUUCUACACCUUAAAGCCUUACCACAGACUGAGUAACAAAUCGCAGUGAGGUUAUAAUCCCUUAAGGGAUCUUAGCACAUUCAGAUGGAUAGGCAACGGCUGAACAUUGGACUAAGAAAUUUAUGGAUAAUAUGUAAAUUAGCUUUUGGUAAUUAAUUCUUCUAUGUGUUUUAAUGACAGGGUAAGCGUGCACAUAACCUAUGCAUACUCAUCAAUAACACAAUGGCAAAACCCCAGGUCCAAGUGAUGCAUUGACUUUAGUCUAGUGCUAGAUGCUAGGGUAAUGAGAACACAUACGUAAGGGGUUAUUUUGCUUGCCAUGUUGCUUUAUGUGUAAUGAGUCUUUCCAAGGUAUUUAAGGGGGUUCCCUACUUUUUGCAUUACAUUCAGAAAUGCCACCUUAGCCCACACAGAGAAGCCCCUGGGUACCAGUGUAAACGAGCAGUGGUGUCCAUAGCUUCCCAAGAUUACGUUUUUUCCCUCUACUGUGUAGGCAUUGAAAGCAUUCAUCGCAGGCACUGAUAAUAUCCAUAGCUUUCCUGUAUCUGCACCCUUGUUGACUACUUUCAGGGCCUGCACAGAAAUGGAGACAGUCAUGGGCAAGGGUGGGAUCUUUUCCAUGCAGGUUAAGAUGAGGCCUGAAGAGAUAUGGCAGCUCCUUAUGCCAUGAUAUCAGGGUGUGGCAUUUCUGAAAAGUAUGCUGAAAGCAGACACUUUAACUAAUAAUCGGUUUAGGUUUGGUGUAUGUAGAAAGAUAAUCAUUUAGUGAUAUUUUAUUGAAGUGUAGCUCAUGUCGUGCUUGAGUAACAUCUGUAGGCAGAUCAGGUACUGGAGAUUCAAGCAAGGAUAACCUCUUUACCUUCAGCAGAAGAUAUAAUGAUGCACCCCACCAUUAUGUCAGUGAGUCUGUCACCUUAAUCUUAUUUUUGCAUUUGCUGCUGUCAUAUAGGUUUAGGACAUCCACCACAUCUCUAUAGGCUCAACACCUACUUCAUGAAUAUAUGGCAUUCUAAUAUAAAACUACAUCUCUGCCUUAAUACAUGUCAUGUUUCUACUAGACUGCUGCUGAAGUCGUUGACCCUUCAUGCUCAUUAGCACAUGGACACAAUGGGAACCAAAUGACUCAUGUUAUGUACCAAUUGCUGCUACAGUUUUGGCUGAACCAUUGGUCAGAAGCCGGGAGACUUUUUGCAAAAUUUAUGUGCGGUUGCAAAGAUUGGUCAUUAAUGCAGUGGUUCAGUCUAGCCUAAAAAACUGAAUAGAAAUGUAUCAUAAAGCAAAAUUGAAUGUGGCACAAAAAUAUAUCAGCCUGAGUUCAGGGCACAUGUAAAUGCCAUUGGUGCCCUAUAUAAUAGAAACAAUAAUUAUGUAGUAGAGUAAUUUCACAGUAUAGUAUCCAUUUGAGAGUGGCACAAAUGAAUCCAAAGAGAACCACUGUGAAAGCGGAGGCAUAUGGGGGUACAGUAUGACCCAGUAAACUGCUGUAAGACUGAGCCUCUGAGGUGGUAUCAUAGCUGUUUACAUGAGGCCUUAUGUGUUUUUUAAAGGGCAUUUGUCAUCAGAUUUUUACCUAUGUAAAUGAGCUUUUAGGUGCAACGGGGGCGUUGCUGUUACACCUAGAGACUCUAAUCUCUCUGCAACUACCGCGCCCUCUCCACUUAUUUUCACUGCCUAGCCGUGUCAAUCUGUCAUCACGUCGGGCCAUUGACUUUAGUCAAUCAAACUGCAGAGGGCGAGACACUUGCAGAGAGAGCUGAGCCUCUAUGUGGAACGGCAACACCCCUGCUGCUCCUAGAGGCUCUUUUUUUAGCAUUGCGGGCACAUAUGAACAUGGGACCAACACAGAUGCCUUCAGCUGCCAAGCGCACAUGUAACAGGUCAGCCAGUUGACAGACUGGCCUACAUUUGAGUCUCCCCUCCAUUGUUAUGCAGCAAAUAAUCCCAGCACUGACGUAACCUUACUGAGUCCACAAUUGCACUACAUUUAUAUGAACCCAAUAGCCUUUGAGCACAAUAUCCUUCCCACCUGUACAUCCUGCUGUUGUGUGUUUUUGUAUCACAUCUAUGCGGUACAGUAAUUUGCCUAAAUCACCAUCUAUAGUGUAAUCUACUUACAUGAUCGUUUCGAUAAACUGUGAAUGUAGCUUUGAUCAAGCCAUGAAGGAGAAUAAGGAUCAAUAUAUUUUAGGUAGAUUGCGCCGACUUUUUUUUAACUUUAGCUGGGUUGAUACUGUGUAUUUAUCUGCAAAGAUGAAAUUGUACAGCAGAUGUUAAUUUAUGAACUUUUAUGGAGUAUUAAAGUAGAUUACUA